GCCGCCCGGGGCCCCGGCGGGGCGGGGAGCGGCGGCCGUCGGGCCUGAUGAUGGACUUUCUUCUUGAGUUCAAAUGAGCAGUGGAUGGAAAGAAAUAAGAAGUCCUGGAUUCUCAAUUUCCUGCCCCAUAAUUUUUGGCAUGGGACAGUAGGACACCAUGACAAUUACCAUAGUAUAUGAUAACUCAGAAGCGAUGGAAUUGUGUGCUGCUCAGCACCUGUAUCUUAAACCAAUAGCUAAACUGACAAUCAACGUGAUGCUACCUGAAGAUACAGAACCUGCUCGAUCAUUUUCCAACUGGGAAGUUCUGGAUCAGUUGAAGAACCUGAUUUGUCCAGACCAGUUCACCACUGUUCGAGUUUCAAAGAGCACCAAGGACUUCAUCCGAUUCGAGGGAGAGGCAGAAACGAAAAGUUUGGUUCAGACCCUGAAGGCAAAACUACAUGGGAAGCUCAUCAAGCUGAAUGGCUUGAAGAAUGACUUGAAAGUGGUAGCUACUGAUGCACAAGUGGACUUUCCAUCUCAGCAAGAGUGGGAAUCUUUCCUGAGUAAAAACGAGGCAGAAACUGAUGAGCUUCCUGAGCACAGCCUUGCUGAGAGUCCAGAUUCCAUCUACUUUGAGGGGCUGCCUUGCAAGUGGUUUGCCCCUAAGGGGUCCAGUGGUGAAAAACCAUGUGAAGAUAUCCUCCGGGUGGUGUUUGAAAGCUUUGGGAAGAUAAAGAACAUCGACAUUCCUAUGCUUGAUCCCUACAGAGAAGAGAUGACUGGCGGAUCCUUUGGGAACUUCAGUUUUGGUGGUCUGCAGACUUUUGAAGCUUUUAUCCAAUACCAAGAGUAUACUGAUUUCGUAAAAGCAAUGGAAUCACUUAGAGGAAUGAAAUUGAUGCUUAAGGGGGAUGAUGGAAAAGCACUUGCUUGUAACAUUAAGGUUAUGUUUGACACGACCAAACACUUCAGUGAGGGAGCUAUAAAGAAGAGAAAUCUGGAAAGGUUAAAAUUGCAAGAACUGGAGCAAGAGAGGAAAAUAGAGAAGAAGAGAGAAGAGGAGGAGACAGAAAGGAAAAGAAAAGAUGAUGAGAAAAAAUCCCGAGAGAGGAAAAGAAAGGCCAAGCUCAAGAGGAAAGAACAAAAGCAGAAAGAAAGAGAAGAGAAACGCCUGAAAAAGCAUCAGAGAGCAAAAGCUGAGGAGCUAUGGCCGGGGACCGGGGAUGAGUGGGAGGAAAGGAAGUACCUGCUGGCUCAGAGGCGCGUGGAGGCCCUACGACUGCUGAGGGUGCUGCUGAGGAGAGUCACAGAAUUUGGACAGUUUAACAAACAGAAAGUGGAGAACACAUCCAUCGAAGCAAGAGAAGGCAGUGCUUCAGAGAGAGAGUUAAAAACUCUGGAGAAAGAACGGUCAAACCCUCAUCAACGUGAGCUGGAGGAGACCCGAAAAUGUCAGUGUACGAAGUCUGACAACACAUCAGUGUACAAGAAAGAGCAGGCUGACCUCCCUGCAUCCUCUUAUCACAUAGUGAAAACAUUUUUCAAUGAUGCAACUAAAGAGGGCUCUGGCCAAUUAUUAACCAGUCGACACAACCACAGUUAUGUCUCAGACUUGAAUUCCUUGCAGAUUACAAUUAAUCAAGAUUGCAAAAUCAUUCACUCCCUUAAAAGAAAGGACUGCCACGUUUUGGACAUUUCCCACUCGCCUAAAUUGCGUGAGGAAGGUUACUGCAGAAAAGAAAAAAUUUAUGAAACAGAAGAAUUUAUUCACUACUUGUUGAAUUACUAUCAGACUCCAAGAUAUCCUCGGAUAUGCAUAGACCCAAUGGACACCAUGAGCAGAUCUUGGUGGCAAAGGGCCGUCCUGGAUAAAGGAAAUGGAUUUCAAGUCAAUUUGAAGAAUCAAUUUCGGCAUCAUUUCACCAGAGUGAGAAUUGUACAAAACCUGGAGAAGGGAGACUGGACUCCAGAAGAUCAUUUCAGGUGGAAGAUUACCAUUAAAGAAUCUGAGCCAAAAUUGAGAGAGAAUGUCAAGCAGGGCAGUAUGAAAGGAUUUACUAAGGGGGUUAAAAUAGAUUGGACAGAUUCCCUUAGGGAAACUGUUAACGAAACAUCCUACGUUAAUGUGAAUAGCUACCCUUUCAGAAGUAUUCAAAGUGGCCAUGAUGAAGACUUCAGAUGCAUUAGGAAAAGAAACCUGUCCCCACCCUGCCAGCUAACAGGUUCAGCUUGUGAAUUAGAAGACUUACUAGAAGAGAUCAGUAGUGAUUCUGAGUGCUUCAAUGAAGCAUUUAGUGGUCCAGACAGAGGAACGGAAAGACGCUACACAGAGUGUGUUCGUUACCCCGAAGGGGCAAACUGCCUGAUGAAGGAAAGGGAGGGAUUCUGUAACUGUGCUGAAAAUGUGGCUUGUGAUCAGGGCAGUUGGUUCAGCCACUGUACCACAUGUGCAAAGUUGAAACCUGGUGGUUUGACAAAGCAUUGUAGACACAGGCUGUGUGAGUCAGGGAAGAGGUCUAAGAAUAAACAGAGAUGUCCAGGACCAGAAAGGUACACCAGUGAAAAUGAGGGCAAUCCCAGGAAAAAGCCCAAAAAGCCACCUACAGAAUAUUUUCCUGAUGAAGGAAGUUACUCCGAUUCAGACUCUAACAAUCCAUUCAAAUCUCUGAGAGAAAAAAAGAAACGCGGCCACACACUUAACCAGAAAGUGAAAUGUAAAGCCUUUCUGGAGCCAAGCUCCAAGAGUAGUGAUACCUGUCCUGUUCAGAGAUUUCCCCAAAGUACAAGAGGUCUGUGGAGAGCAAAGUACAAUAAAAAAGAUAUAGGGGAACUCAACAGAUAUGGGGAUUGGAAGGAUUAUUUGCUAACUUCUGGGUAUUGUCUAAAUAGCUUCAACAAGCAGGGGUUCUCUGGUGCUGAAACUUUCGAAAAAGGAGAUCCCAAUCCUUUCAAUCCAAAAUAUUUUGAUGACUGCUUAGCUCAGGAGUCCUCUUUUCAUGACGCCAAACGAAGUGCAAGGAAACUAAAAACUGAAAAGUAAUUUUUAUUAUUUUAUGUAUUUCAUAAUUAGAGUGUAAGCAUCACCUUUAAAGCAAAUGUUACACUCCAUAUGGUUUGCCUUUUUGCUCAAACAUAGCAGGCAUCAUGAUGCCCACAGGUGCUUUGGUAAGUCUUGGACAGACUAAAUGUGCAGUUCUAAAGAGCUAUAGAACAGUAUGCUUACAGCCCUUCUUGUUCCCAGAAUGUACAGUACUGCAAUGCAGUUGGCUCCAGAGAGUGCAUUUUAAUAGAGGGGUUUGAGGGCACCUUCCUCUGCAGGUCCUCCACAUUAUCACUUCACGAUUCAUUUUUUAAAAGCCCUGUUAAAAAUGGAUGAGGCUCUUUUCCCGUGUUCUCUGAUCUCCCUAACAACCUUGUUUCCCUCUCCCAGGCAAAAAAAGAAGUGAGGGAAAUAGAGGCCUCUCAGUUUCUUACUGAAGUAAAAAAAGAGAUGCUUAAUUGUCUCAGAGGAAAUUAUGGUUUAGCAAUUCCUGAACUGUAUCAGAGUGGUUGUUGUAAAAUGCGAGAAAGGUCAUUACCCUGCAAAAAAACCCCAAAAGUUAAUGUCAGUUGAACUUUAAAGCAGACAGUAAUGAUAGGAGUUGCAAUGAAAUUAUCAGACGGAAGUGUAGGGGGGAAAAAAAAUGUGUAUGACUGAUCCAGAAAAUGAAUGCAGAGGCUCUAGGUUAGUUGGGUGGAUUAAAGUUAUUUGGCAGCCACCAUAAACUGGGCCAAGUGAGAGAAUAGCUGUUUGUUUUCAGUAGCUCAGCUAGUGCUGGGAAAUCAAUAGGUAAAAUCACCUCCCCAAAUCAUAGUUCAGCAGAAAAGUAGCAAGAGUGCCCACAAUUAUAAUGCUUUGAUGUGUUUGGAAAACUGAGAAAGGCCUGUGUCUGUCUUGGGAGUGGGAAAAAUAAAAAUGGGUAGGUUUUCAUUUAAUGAGGUCUUCUGAAUUUCUAAAUGCAGAACACAAGUGUUUUUACCUUUUUAUAGGCUUCCUGAAAUUAGCAAAUAGGAAGCCAAUAUCCAAACUCUCGACCUGAAUUUUGUGUGGUGACACUUCCUGAAAAAGUGACUGCUUUAUUCAUGCAUUCCCUGAUUUUUGAUUCCAAGGAGGAUAGACAGUAUUUUUAACAAGUUAUAGCUGGCCUCUACCUGGAUAAUUUAAAGGAAGCUUCAUCAGAUUAGAACCUACUCAUAGAACAUGAUUACUUUAAUGCUAAUGGAAAUUUUAAAGGUUUUUUGCAACAUAAUGCAUUUUGCAUCUGACCACAUUUGAUUGUUGUUGUUUUUUUAAUGGAGCCUGUUGAAUGAGUUUUCUGGUGCCAUAUAACUAUUUCUUCUUUACAACCUCAGUUUAAAGCUCUUGCUAGACUCCUAAAUUGGAUCUACAGGUUGGAAGAUUGAUUCAGAAAUGUAUAGUACUGUAACUGGUCUGAACUAGAACCAUACAAAUGACAGUUUCAGAUUUUUUUAAUGCUUUAUUACAUGUCAAAAUAACAAAAUGAAUGUAUGUAGCAGUAUGUUUUACUUAAUGUACCAUACAUGCUUGUAACCUCUACUCUAAUAAAGUGGUAAUCAAGAAACAA